CGAUGAUGUUUUGCGGAACGUUGCCGUACUUCGCUUGGGCGUCCGCGAUUUCUCUUGCUAUCGGCAUGAGUGUAACGAAGGCUUCGCUGAUGCGAUUCCGCUGCAGGGCAGUAGAAUAUUUGAAACGGUGGAGGCUCGAACAAUUAGCGACGCUUUUGGCUAGUACUCCUCACAGCGUGCUCGUCUUGCGCAUCGGGCAUGAUGGGACACCGCUUGGAGUUACGGUUUCGGCAGCUGCAGGUGGAUGCAGAGCUCAUUGGGGUCAGCAUCGACACAACGGCGAGGUUUUUUUGGCAACGUGCUCUGCGUUGAUUGUUUCAGCUCAGCGGGGCAUAAUGGAGGUGAUCAAGAUUCCUGUUGAUGCUGUGCUUCUUUUACGAAAGCGCGCUGGUGAUUUGUGGCCGCGCAUCAGCAUGAUUUUGGACACCGUUGAGGGAGUCAUGCGGAAUAGCAUGGUGGUGAACAACUUGAGGGCCGUUCUAGUGUAUCAAGUCAGCGACUCUGGUGGUGCAGGAUUAGUAAUGCCGCGAAUACUAAGAUUCUGGACGAAGCAGCCGGAGAGAGUCUGCGACUGUACACUGGCCGUCAAUCAAUUUUGCGGGCACCAUCUGAU